GAGUGUGGGAGGACCAGCGGAGUGUGGGAGGACCUUCCCGGCGGCCCCGGCGGGCGGGCGGGUUGCGGAGCGGACGCGUGGAGGGAGCGGAGCGGAGCGGAGAUGGCGUUGUACAACUUCAAGAAGAUCACGGUGGUGCCGAGUGCCAAGGAUUUCAUUGACCUGACAUUGUCAAAAACCCAACGCAAGACUCCAACUGUGAUUCACAAAAAUUAUCAAAUCAACAGAAUUCGUCACUUUUACAUGCGAAAGAUCAAGUUCACACAGCAAAAUUAUCAUGAUCGUCUUUCCGAGAUUCUGACUGAUUUUCCAAAACUUGACGAUGUACACCCUUUCUAUGCUGACUUGAUGAAUGUGUUGUAUGACAAAGAUCACUACAAGCUGGCACUGGGGCAGAUAAACAUCGCAAAGAACCUUAUUGACAAUGUCGCUAAGGACUAUUUACGUUUGAUGAAAUAUGGUGACUCACUGUAUCGUUGUAAACAGCUGAAGCGUGCGGCACUGGGUCGUAUGUGCACUAUCCUCAAACGACAGAAACAAAGUUUGGAGUAUUUAGAACAGGUGCGGCAGCAUCUUUCUCGCCUUCCAUCCAUUGAUCCUAACACAAGAACUCUGUUACUCUGCGGGUACCCGAAUGUAGGAAAAUCCAGUUUUAUCAAUAAGAUUACCCGAGCGGAUGUUGAUGUACAACCAUAUGCUUUCACCACAAAGUCAUUGUUUGUGGGGCACAUGGAUUACAAGUAUCUGCGUUGGCAGGUGGUUGAUACUCCAGGCAUUUUGGAUCAUCCGUUGGAGGAGCGGAAUACCAUAGAGAUGCAGGCAAUCACUGCCCUGGCUCAUCUCCGUGCUGCUGUACUGUAUGUGAUGGACGUGUCUGAACAGUGUGGCCAUACUGUCGAAGAGCAACUGGAUCUCUUCAAAAACAUCAGACCCCUCUUUGCCAACAAGCCCCUGAUUAUUAUUGCAAAUAAAUCUGAUGUGAAGAGGAUCGAUGAACUUUCUGAAGAAGAGAAGAAAGUCUUUGCAGAUUUGAUGGCAGAAGGGAUCACUGUCACAGAAACGAGUACUUUGACAGAAGAAGGUGUCAUUAAAGUUAAAACUGAGGCUUGUGAUAGACUGCUUGCUCACCGUGUUGAGUCGAAAAUGAAAGGUAGAAAGGUGAACGAUUUACUAAACAGGCUACAUCUGGCUGUCCCAUCAAAAAGGGAUCAGAAGGAGAGACCUGCCUGGAUACCCGAAGGAGCUACCACACGCAGAAAAAUGGAAGUGGAUGGGCCAAAACGUAAAUCGGAACGGGACUUGGAGCUGGAGAUGGGUGAUGAGUAUGUUCUGGAUCUCCAGAAAUACUGGGAUUUGAUGAAUGAGAGUGAGAAGCAAGAUCUUGUACCUGAAUUAUGGGAAGGUCAUAAUGUGGCUGAUUACAUCGACCCUGAAAUUAUGAAGAAACUUGAAAACUUGGAAAAAGAAGAAGAUUUGAAACAAUUGGCAGGAGAAUACGAUUCAGAUUCUGAGAGCGAUGAUGAAGAAAUGAGAGACAUUAGAAAGUUGGCUGCUCAGAUCCGAGAGAAGAAAAAGAUGCGAAUAUUAUUGUCCAGAGAAAAACAAACCAAAAAAGGUCCCAAAAUGCCCAGGACUGCUAAAAAGGUUGAACAAAAAACAUUGGAAAAGGAGAUGGGAUCGCUUGGUUUGGAUAUGACCAACAAUGAUGAAACACACUAUGCACAGCAAGCUCGACGAUCUAGAAGUAUCACCAGGAAGCGCAAGCGUGAGGAAUCUCAACCACCAACAUCUAAAACACGCAGCCGCAGCACUUCCCGUACUCCCCGUGAUCUUUCUGGUGUGCGUGAUGAAAAGAUGCUGAAUAAGGUUAGGAAGAUGAUGAAGAACUCCCAACAGGAUAUGAAUCGCAUGGGCAAGAAAGGAGAGGCUGAUCGACACGUCUUUGAUCUUAAACCCAAACAUCUUUUCGUUGGCAAGCGGAAAAUGGGCAAAACGGACCAUAGAUAAAGUAGCGUUGUGUACCAGAUUGCAGGCCUUUUACAUAUGGUCACAAUUAAUCCGAAUAGGGGCUUCUCAAAUUACGCAUGAUAACAUGGUGAAAUGUUACAUCAUUAGGGAAUCUUUGAAACCAAGAUUGUUCAACAGAGCUAACUGUGCCUUUUUUAAAUUUACAUUUAAAAAGAAUGUGAGUGUAAAAUUCAAAAGUUUGUAUUAAAUGAUGUAUGUUUCAUGAACUUGCAUAAGAAAUAUGUAUAAGAAACAUCAGGACAAACAGUUUUCAGUUUUGAAACUUAUAAUUAAGGAAUAACUGGCAGAACCCUGAAGUGUACCAAGUGAUAUAAAGUGAUUACUUUUGAUGGGAUUUUAAUUUACAGCAUACAAUAUGUUUUAUGUAAAUUGUAAACAUGACUAUAAACUCUGGCAUUGGUAAACAACAAAAUGUUGACUGACGAACCAAACGUUUGAAAUGGAUUUGUUUAUUAAUCAAAAAGUCGAGGUAUUAAAUAGUUUUGCCGAUUCCUCAGA